AGACUCAUCAAUGAUGAUAUUUUUUUGUGGUCCACAUAAAUGGAUAACUUAUCUGAGGAUCAUAAUUCAUAAGGAUGACUGUAAACUAAUCUAGUCCAAACAACUUACUCGACAAGUUAAGGACAUUCUUAAUCUUGAUUCAACAAUGCAUCAAUGAAGUUCACAAUGUAUUUCAACAAGUAGAUAUGAUAUCUUUUUGAAUUAUAUCAGCAAGCAGCAAAAUGAACUAGAGAAAUAUGAGGAAGAAAAAAGAAAUUAGAAAAGUCAAAGAAAGAACAGAAACAAAAUGCAAAUUGAUUUCACAUUUCAACAAGAAAAUUAAAGAUUGUCUCUUUCAACAAAUUUUCCUACAAGUAAGCCAAACAUGUAUCAUUAACAUUCCAUCUGUAGCUGCAAUAACCUCAAUGAAGCCUGGUGAUGUACUCAAUCAUUCACAGGUACUUGAUUCAGAAGGUGGAAGAUUCAAGUUGGGAUUUUUCUCUAUCCCACAAACAAAUAAAACUUAUCUUGGAAUAUGGUAUGCAGGUGAUCCAGUAGAGAAGAAAUUAUGGAUUGCCAAUCCAAAUACACCUAUAUUGAACAACGCAGGAUUGCUCACAUUAGAUUCUACAGGAGCAUUGAGAAUCACCAGUGGAGGAAAGACAGUUGUGAAUAUUACCACUCCUUUAUUGACAGGAAGUUUAAUAGCUAGGCUUCAAGAUUCAGGAAAUUUUGUGGUUCAGGAUGAGACUCGGAACCGGACUUUAUGGCAAAGCUUCGAUCAUCCUACUAGUUGUCUUUUGCCUGGUAUGAAGCUUGGCUAUAACCUUACCACAAGGCAGAAUUGGACUCUAACUUCUUGGUUGGUUAGUAGUACAAUUCCGGCCUCAGGGGCUUUUACUUUAAGUUUGGAGGCAAUUCAAGAUGCAUUUCAGUUGGUUGUUAGUCGAAGGGGCGAGGUUUAUUGGACUAGUGGGGCUUGGAACAAUCAAGGUUUUCCAUUCUUACCUUUAUUCCAUGAUUCUGCUACUAUUUAUCAGUAUAAUCUCAAUUUGGUAUCCGAUAAAGAUGGGAUGUUCCUCCAAUUUGAUGCAACAGAGGGAAGCUUUCCAAGUCUUGCAUUGAAUUCAGACGGGGAUAUUCUUGGUGGAUACCGGUUUACAUACACCCUUUUUAAAGACUUCUGUUAUGGUUAUGAAAGCGAGGACGGUUGUGUCUCUACUCAGUUGCCUGAGUGUCGAAAGGAUGGGGAUAAAUUUGAGCAAAAGAGUGGAGACUUUAUACAUGCAACUAGUAUUACUACUGAGUUUUAUGACAAUGCAAGCAUUAGUAUUGUUGAUUGUAUGCAGAAGUGCUGGGAGAACUGCAGUUGUGUUGGGUUCACCACCGCCAGUGGCAAUGGGACAGGCUGCCGUAUUUGGAAUGGAAAUGGAGAUUUUCGAGUCUAUGAGAGUGGUAAUGCAAUGCAAAGAUAUGUUCUAGUUUCACCAAAAUCAUCUAAAGGAAAAACUUGGAUAUGGAUAGUAAUUAGUGUAACUAUUUUUAUCGCGUUGCUAGUAUCUGGUUUCAUCUGCUACAUUAUAAUGAGAAGACGCGAACUACAAGAUGAGAAAAGAAAGGAGGAAGCAUAUAUACGCGAGUUGACAGCAGUAGACAGCUUCAACACCGCAAAUCUGAAAGAAGAAGAUGGAAGGGAAGUACAAGAUUUGAAGAUAUUUAGCUUUGGAUUCAUAUUGGAAGCCACAAACAACUUCUCAAGUGAAAAGAUGCUCGGAGAGGGUGGUUUUGGGCCUGUUUAUAAGGGAAAAUUUCCAGAUGGACGAGAGGUGGCAGUCAAGAGACUUUCAAGAACCUCGGGACAAGGGCUUGUGGAGUUCAAAAAUGAACUCAUACUAAUUGCCAAAGUUCAGCAUACAAAUCUAGUUCGAGUUCUAGGAUGUUGUAUUCACGGAGAUGAGAGAAUGUUGAUAUAUGAGUACAUGCCUAACAAGAGCUUGAACUUCUUCCUCUUUGAUCCUGCAAGAAAGGAGCUACUGGAUUGGCAGAAGCGAUUUGCAAUUAUCGAAGGAAUUGCUCAAGGAUUGCUCUAUCUUCACAAAUACUCAAGAAUGAGAGUGAUACAUAGAGAUCUAAAAGCCAGUAAUGUGCUUUUGGAUGAAAACAUGAAUCCUAAGAUAGCUGAUUUUGGUCUGGCAAGAAUUUUCAAACAGAAUGAGACGGAGGCAGUGACUGGCAGGGUUGUUGGAACAUAUGGUUACAUGGCUCCUGAGUUCGCCAUGGAAGGAACUUUCUCAAUCAAGUCUGACGUCUUCAGCUUUGGAGUCAUAAUACUGGAAAUUGUGAGUGGUAGGAGAAAUACUAGCUUACAACAAAUUGAUCGUCCACUUAACUUAAUAGGUUAUGCAUGGGAACUAUGGAAAGAAGGGCGUGCACUAGAACUGAAGGAUCCAGCUCUUGAGGAUCUUUGUGACACUGAACAAUUAUUAAGAGUUAUUCAUGUCGGACUAUUAUGUGUACAAGAAGGUGCAGCAGAUAGGCCAACAAUGUCUGAUGUUAUCUCAAUGCUUGGUAAUAGAAGUAUGUCGCUGCCAAUUGCAAAACAACCUGCAUUUUUCACAGGAAGAGAUGAAGCUGAAUCAUAUUCGUCCACAAUCAAUACAAAAGAGUGUUCGGUUAAUGAUUGUUCCAUCACUGCCGUUGAAGCAAGAUAACAUUAGAGAUGUUCCAUCACUUCUUAUUAGGCUUUUUUCUC